ACCAGGCUACGGAGUCCUGAUCUCCCACAGUCCGUGAAGGCAGCAGCAAAAAGACUCCAAACAAAAAGAAGCGGUAAAAUGGCGGAACUGGUCCCUGACAGCGACGCUCGGGCGAUGAAGCCGCCGCCCAAACGCCGGCGUAUCCUCGACGCUUCGGCGAUCGUCCCUGUGCCAGUUUACUCCAGCAAGGUGAACAGUCUGCAGCUGACGUCAGCCACGCCCACUUUCUCAGAAAAGGAACACGCAGGUGACGGUCUGUGGUCGGAGUUCUCGUGUGACCGCAGGUCAGCGAGUGACUUCACCAAUAGUGACUCUGAGGAAGAGGAGGAAGAACACGGUGACAACAAAGCGUUCAAAACCCAAACAGAGGUCGUCCGCUGUCCGUCUCCUCCUGGGAGUCCAGUCCAGAAACAGUCCAGAAAAGUCAUAAAGACCAUCAGUGAGAUCGACAGCAGACUCCAGGUGCUCAACUCCCUCUUGUCUCCGGAGACUCGGGACAGAACCGAGACCAGGACCAGGAGCAAACGCAACCGCCGCCAAGUCUCCCCGCCUCCGACGUCAAAGGAGGAGGAGCAAGAUGAUGGUGAUGUCAUCAUGGUGAAUCCUGAAGCAGGCUCGUGUUCGUCUCCGUACAGCUCGUCCGUGCGGGAGAUUCCUCUGAAGAUCCGCUGCCGCACAGACGUCCACAAGAUCGCCGUCCUGUCUUCGACGCCUGUGAGGGACGUGUUGUCCCAGCUGUCUGCUGUCCUUCAUGUCCCCGAGCCCCGCCUCCUGCUGCUGAAGGAGGAAGUGGAGCUGGCGACAGACGCCACAGUCGGUGAGAUCGGCCUCGGCAUCGCAGACAUCGUAGUGGCGGACAUGUCUCAGGACGAGCCCACGUCGGACACUGCUCCGUUCUUCUCCGACGACAGCGAGGCCGAGGCUCAGGAGCAGCAUGGCGGCGCGGUGGAUCAGCGGCAGGAGGAGGCUCCGGCCAGCGGCGUGUCCGGCGUGCGAGCCCUGCUCACUGUCCUCAUCCUCAGCUACAUCAAUCUGCUCAACUACAUGGACAGGUUCACUGUGGCCGGUGUUCUCCCCGACAUCGAGCAUUAUUUUGGGAUUGAUGAUGAAAAGUCUGGUUUACUCCAAACUGUGUUUAUUUGCAGCUACAUGUUCCUGGCGCCGUUGUUUGGUUACCUGGGCGACCGCUACAACAGGAGGUUGAUCAUGAGCGUGGGAAUUGCGUUCUGGUCCCUGGUGACGCUCGCCAGCUCCUACACGCCCAAAGAGCAUUUCUGGCUGCUACUGCUGACGCGAGGCCUGGUUGGCGUCGGCGAGGCCAGUUACUCCACCAUCGCUCCCACCAUCAUCGCCGACCUCUACGUGGACGAGAGGAGGACAAACAUGCUGUCCGUCUUUUAUUUCGCCGUCCCAGUGGGCAGUGGCCUUGGAUACAUCGCAGGGUCACAAGUCAGUAACGUGACGAAGGACUGGCACUGGGCUCUGAGGGUGACUCCAGUGCUGGGCCUGGUCGCAGUGUUGCUGCUGCUGCUCGUGGUCAAGGAACCCAAACGAGGAGCCAUCGAGGCUCGAUCUGAGGAUCACCUGCACCGAACCAACUGGCUGACAGACCUGAGGGCGCUCAUCAAGAACUCCAGCUUCGUGUUGUCCACGUUUGGCUUCACAGCCGUGGCCUUCGUCACUGGUUCUCUGGCUCUUUGGGCUCCAACGUUCCUCCUCAGAGCCGCCAUCUUCACAGGGAAGAAGGCGCCGUGCGUGGACGGACACUGCGCCUCCUCCGACAGUCUGAUUUUCGGGGCCAUCACCUGCGUCACAGGUGUGCUGGGCGUGGCCAGCGGUGUGCAGGUCAGUCGGCAGCUGAAGAAGAAGACGGCCAGAGCGGAUCCGCUGGUGUGUGCCGCCGGUCUGCUGCUGUCGGCGCCAUUCCUCUACCUGGCCAUCGUGUUCGCUGAGAGCAGCACCGUCGCCACAUACGUUUUCAUCUUUCUUGGAGAAACGUUCCUGAGCAUGAACUGGGCCAUCGUGGCCGACAUCCUGCUGUACGUGGUCGUUCCAACACGCCGCUCCACAGCUGAGGCUCUGCAGAUCGUCAUCUCUCAUCUGUUUGGAGACGCUGGGAGUCCUUACCUGAUCGGAGUGGUCUCAGACUCCCUCAGAAGAAGUGACUCGUUCCUCUGGCAGUUCCGCUCUCUUCAGCUCUCUCUGCUGCUCUGCACAUUUGUCUCUGUGGUGGGUGGGGCUUUCUUCCUCGCCACCGCCCUCUUCAUUGAAAGGGAUCGAUGCCGGGCUGAGAAGGGCACCCCCACAGACGAUGAACCCAUCGUUGUGCCAAAGAGCGGCCGAUCCACACGAGUUCCAGUGUCCAGUGUUUUGAUCUGACCACACACACACACACACACACACACACACACACACACACAGGGACUGAACUAUCUGCCAUGCAGAGACUUUUUUUAAGUUUGUUUUUUAACGUUCUUUCAUUUUUUUUUGCUUGUAACCUUUUUAAAGGAACAGUGACACUAACUAACUCUCACAGCUCCCCCUUCUCCUCCAACUCCAUAAAAUCUACGUCAGUUUAAGUUUCUACGGUGUCUUAAAAACACGAUCACGUCUUCAUCUCACUGUCCUGUUUUCCAACAGGAAACUGAAGUUUGUAAACCGCUCACUCUCCAAAACCAAACCCCAUAGAGAAGAUCAGUGAUUUUAAUGUCACACACACAGCAGAUGUUGAUCCACUGCUGCCUCCAUCACUAAGUUAUACAAUUCUAUAAAAAUAAAAGUUCAAAUGUCUUAUUUUGUGAAUUCUGAAUUAAAAAUCAUUCAUUCAGACUUAUCGCAGUGACACAAAGUGACCACACGAGGAAGCAGAAGACCAGCAGCUCCUGUGUUCCUGCAGCUAAAAUCACUGAUUUUCUCUAUGAGGUUUGGUGUGGGAGUGAGCGGUUUACAAACGUCAGUUUCACAGUGAGAUAAAGACGAAUGUUCUGUAAGUUUGAAAAACAGCUACACUUGAAAAAGCUGAAUUGUCUAUUCAUCACGAUUUGUUCAAAUGCAUAAAUAUUUGUUGAUGUUAAUAAUCAAAGUUGUUUGAUCUUAAAUGGUUGUUUUUCUUUAAUAUGAAGUCAACAGUAGUUUGUGUGUUAUUAACAGGCUCAGGUCGAUCAUUUUUCUUAUUUAAUGAAUCGCAAAAUGUGUUUAUACUGAUGCGAAUGUACGGAGGCCCAGAGAGGCAAAAAUAAAAUGAAAGUUAAAAGUUCAAAUUUAAAGGACAAAAUCUAAUUUAUUUACAUGAAUGGAAAAAAGAAGUUCUUAAAAACAACAUUUUUGUCAAAACCAAAACAAACUUGCCUGUCGGGCUUCCGUACAGGAGAACCUGAUCAUUCUGUACGUCCACUUUUAUUUUUGGGAAACGUUUGAUUUUCAUUGAUUUUCAGAGCGAAUGAAUGUGUGAUGUUUUUCCACCAAUAAAAAAAACACAUUUUCUUUCA